GUUAUCGGAUAACUAGAUCAGGAGUGGGUGAGACUACGGGGUUGUUCCAUCUGAGCACACUUACCAAUUGGUCUGUUCAAAUGAGGGAAUCCUGUACCGCUCAUACGCCAUCGUGGUUGAAGGUGACGCCGAAAUUGAAUGCUGAACCAUUGGAGCAACCUACGAAUCAAUCCACAAAGGAUGGUCAAGUGAUGAUACCCUGAAACGCUGUCGGUGCCGUUAUAUCCGAUAUCGAUGCUUUAUAGUGAUGACUGCUUCGAAGGGCAUAUAGUAUUUAUUCCCAGUGGCCUACACCAUUGCUAUUGAUUGAUACAAGAUCAAGGCUAUUCUUUUAAUCCGUCGCCAAAGACCGAGACCACUUAGAUCACCAUCUUCCAUCGACCGAAAAUGGCCACCGUGACAUCUACCCAAACACAAAAUCUCCCCAUCUCCGUGAAGGCCAAUUCUCAGCCCACUGAGGAAAAGCCCAGAGUUCGGAGAGCAGUUGAUGAAGAGAGUGGUACGAUUACUGCGAGUCACCCCCCUUAUCUGCCAACCUGGGACCAUGGCGAGAAAUACGCACCCCUUGAGCCAUUCGAGCAUAUCGAGCACGGCAAAGGCGCGGAUCCAAGCUUCAAGGACCUUCUAACUGAAGGUUCUAAACUCCAACACCUCACACCCACCACGGGAUCAGAAGUCACUGGGGUCCAACUCAGCAAGCUCAGUGACGCUGGCAAAGACCAGCUUGCAUUGCUCGUUGCCCAGCGAAAGGUUGUCGCAUUCCGCAACCAAGACCUUGAAAACCUACCCAUCCAGGAGGCCCUCGACUUUGGAGGUUAUUUCGGCCGUCACCACAUCCAUCCUACGAGCGGAUCCCCCGAGGGAUAUCCUGAGCUCCAUAUAGUGCAUCGAAGUGGCAAUGCGAGCGAAUUUGACAGCUUUUUGGCAAAUCGGAAUAGCAGUGUUUCAUGGCACUCCGACGUCUCUUACGAGAAGCAACCACCGGGCACCACAUUUUUGUACGCUUUGGAUAUUCCGGAAGUUGGUGGUGACACUGGAUUUGUCAACCAGGUCGAGGCCUACAAUCGAUUGUCACCCCUCCUGAAGGAGCGUUUGCAUGGACUCAAGGCUAUUCAUUCUGGAUUCGAACAAGCUGAGUUCAGCAAGAAACGUGAUGGAGUAGUGAGACGAGAACCAGUUACUUCGGAGCAUCCUAUCGUCCGCACUCACCCGGCAACUGGCGAGAAAGCCUUAUUUGUGAACAAAGGGUUCACCCGAAAGAUCGUCGGAUUUAAGGAGGAAGAGAGCGAGGCACUCUUGAAGUUCUUGUUCGACCAUAUUGGCCGGGGCAUUGACUAUCAGGCUCGCGUCCGAUGGGCCCCUGGGACUGUGGUGGUUUGGGAUAACCGCGUUACUACACACUCUGCCAUCUUCGAUUGGACGACCGGCGAGCGACGACAUUUGGCUCGCAUUACCCCCCAGGCAGAGGCCCCAUUUGAGACUCCUUAUGUUCCUGAGUCUCAGUAGAGAUCAAUCAGACUCAUGAGGCGAGGAGGACUAGCAAUUCCACGGAAUUUCCUUUUUAAAUCCUCGUCGAAAUUGGAGUUCUGACUAGCAUAAUGUUGCUGCAAAGGCCUUAAGGGCUGGGUCGGCCUAAUGAAACACAAUUGAUGUACAUUUGAAAUUGAACUAGGAGAUGGCUCGAUUUCAAUGGUAGUGACCUGAUAGAUCAAUACAACGAGCCCAGAAAUCCAGACCAACCAUAAUGAAGUAUUUCGUACACGUUACCCUUUUUCUUGUGCA